UGCUGGUGAAGUUUCUAAACAAGUAACGGAACCGGGGCAGUGCCGGCUGGUUGCCAGAAAGUUGUUUUGUCGAAACCCGUAAAGAUAUUACGAAAGUGUAAUGAUGGUAAAAGAUAACUCUCUGGGUGUAGUGUCUGGGAAGAAGAAGAGUAGUUGUUGACUAAGAGACUAAACUUUAUUUUGCUGUGCGUCAUGAUUUCCAAUCACAGGCCGCCGCCAAGUGACAGAGGAAAAGUUGUACCGUUACUGUCGAUGAAACUAUCUGGAGCUGAAUGAGACGGAGUAAAUGAGGAGAUGAAUUUCGGUGUCCCCGCUAAUUCGCUUCUGCUUUUCCGUGCCUGCGACGAGGGGGACUAUGAAACCGCCCGGGGGAUCCUGGAGCCCGGAGCCCCGAAAGAGUCCGGGCGGCACAGCAGGCUGCGCUCAGAAGCGGGGUCGGAGUGUAGUACCGCGGACAUGUUGUCUCUGGUACCGGUGGACUGUACGGACGAGGAGGGGAACACCGCCCUGCAGUUUGCGUCGGCCAGCGGUCAUGAGAACCUGGUCCGGUUUUUGUUACGAAAGGGGGCCUCGGUGGAUAGCCGCAACAACUACGGCUGGACCCCGCUGAUGCAGGCUGCUAGGUUUGGUCACCUGACUGUUGCUCACAUCCUGUUGGAGAAUGGGGCAGAGAUUAAUGGACGGAACAGACUGGGUGCAAGUGUUCUGACUAUGGCAGCCCGUGGGGGACACACUCAUGUAGUCAAGCUACUCCUGGAGAGUGGGGCCUAUGUUGAUGAUUAUGAUCAUCUGGCUCUUGCUGCAGAGUCAGUCUCAAACGGCAACAACAACAACAGCUGCAGUGCGGCUGGUUUUGGAGGUGAAGGUUGUCCUGGAGGAGGCGGCGGGAGAGAAUUCAUGGAUAUCAUAGCCCUGAUGGUGGCAUCUCAGCAUGGCCAUGAGGCCACGGUGCGCCUGCUGCUAGAAUGGGGCUCUGAUGUCAACUUUUCCCAGAAGACCACUGGCUGGGGACCACUGAUGGUGGCCACCCUCAGUGGGAAGGUGGCUGUGGCUCAGCAGCUGGUGGAGCGUGGAGCUGACCCAGACCGAGUCAAUGUCCUGUCCAAGACGGCCUUUGAACUAGCCAUGCAGCUCAAACAGAGAGACAUCAAGGCCUAUCUGGACUCCAUCACCACCGUCCGACCCCAGACAGACGACGAGAGAAGAAGACCAGAUGUGUUCAGUGCCCUCAAGCUGGGAAAUUCCCAGCUCGUCAAAGAGAUCUUGGAGGAAGAUCCUACUCAGGUGAAUUCAUCUAAUCAGGAGGGAGCAUCACCUCUCAUGAUGGCAGCAGUGAGCGGUCAGUUAGAAGUGGUGCAGCUGAUGGUGGAGAAGAAUGCCGACAUAGACAAACAAGAUGGUGUCCAUGGGUGGACCGCUUUAAUGCAGGCCACCUAUCAUGGUAAUAAAGACAUUGUCAAGUACCUGUUGAGUCAAGGGGCUGACGUCAACCUGCGAGCUAAGAAUGGAUACACAGCCUUUGAUUUGGUGAUGUUGCUGAACGACCCAGACACUGAGUUGGUGCGUCUGUUAGCAUCAGUGUGUAUGCAAGUAGAUAAGGACAAGUCCAAACACCGUGGCAGAGCCUCAAUGACUCGCUCCAAGAGCCGACAGUCUCUCAACAACGUCCCCGUGCCUCCUGAUGACAAGGGAGGCCUGAAGUCCUGGUGGAGUCGGAUGUCCAAUCGUUUCCGUCGACUUAAGUUGACUCACACCCUGAGGCACGGCCUUUCAUCCAACCGCCUGGCUCCAUUUCCAGACGAUGCUGAAACUUCACUGGACGCCACAAUGAAGGCGAAUAGGAAGCCUGCCGCUGUAUCUAAUGGGCCACUGGCACCAACUCCUGCCCUGGGAGGGAACGACGUCAGCACUGCCUGGGCAGUCAAGAGCAAAGAUGCUGGUCUUUGCAGGACAUCCUCAGAAAAGGAGGACUUUCUUAUCACCACAAUGCUCAGAAGUGGUGCGCCUUUGACCCGAUUGCCCAAUGACAAGCUCAAAGCAGUGAUCCCUCCCUUCCUGCCUCCGUCCAACUUCGAACCGUGGAACUCAGACCGUUCACGGCUCCUUAGGGAGGGAAAGAGCGAAGUGCCCCGCCUGCCCAUGCCACCCCAGAGGAAACUGAACAGUAGUGGAAACUCAGAUAUUACAUCUAUCAGUCGUGUGGUUAGCAGGUCCAUAAAGUUUCCCAGCAUCCCCAAGGGGCCCUCCUCCUCCUCUCCUUCAAACUCUGGUCACUACCACUCCCCCCACUCCUCAGGAGGCUCCAAUGGAGUGGCAGGGAUCAACCGGGACUCUCACAACCGCUCAGGGGGCAGUGCAGACAGCGUUCUCUCCCAGAUAGCGGCCCAAAGGAAGCGAGCAGCAGGCCUGAUAGAUGUGAAGGCUCAGGCUCCAGACAAACAGCACAGCCAGACACAGAGCCAACCCUCACUGCCACCCUCAGCACCCAGCCUGCCGCUGCCUGAUAUCAGCCUUCCUGACAUCCACUCCCACCCGAGCUUGGUGGCUUCCGACAUUCACUCCAGAAGGAAGAUGGAGCUGAAGAAGAGACCUCAGUCGGGGAAUUCCUCCACCUCCAAGAGCACGUCGCCCACUCUGACUCCGUCUCCUUCCCCGACGCCAAAACCUCCCACUGGGCCGGGAGACUCACUGUCCUCAGCCUCUUCCCAUCCACGCUCCAAGAGCAGCGGUGGCUCCAGUAGUGGAACUAUAACUGAUGAAGAUGAGCUGUCUGGUAUAUUAAAGAAACUGUCCCUGGAGAAAUACCAGCCCAUAUUUGAGGAGCAAGAGGUGGACAUGGAGGCGUUCUUGACUCUAACAGAUGGAGACCUGAAGGAGCUGGGCAUUAAAACGGACGGACCCAGACAACAGAUCUUGGCGGCCAUAUCAGAGCUCAAUGCUGGAAAGGGCCGAGAGAGGCAGAUCCUUCAAGAGACCAUCCAUAACUUCCAGUCUUCCUUUGGUAGCAGCGCCAGUAACCCAAGACAACCUGGUGAACCACGCUCACCAACGGGUUGGAUGAGACACCAGGUUCGUUCCUCCAACAAAAGGUAACCCAGCAGCCCUGAUGCCUGCCAGGAAGUACACCAAAGGUACUUAGAAUAAGAGUAAAAUGCUGGUAACCUCUAGCAAGGGCAUGAAUAAUAUGGAGCCUUCUGGACGCCGGUGUCCCAGACCACUAGCGGUGUUACUGCAAGAGGACGCUGCAGCAAAACCUGACCCUGAUAAACUGCCUUUGUAGGACCCUCCAGGACCAAACUGCACUAAAGUAUUUCUCUUAUGGAUCCUAAAGCAGGGGAGGUGUGACGGGGCUGGCUGAGUCCAGUGCCCUGCUGCUUUUUGACAAAGCACAUGAUGCGUGGCAAAUGGUAUUUUUUUUUCCACAGUGAUACAGUUGCCACAUCUGCUGUUAACGCAGCACAUGGGUUACACAGAGAGAGUUCUGAAAGACUAGAAGAUCAAAUACACAGCAGAGGGAGAGCGAGCUUGAGCCAAGAGAGAUUAUUUUAUCCAAACAAAUGUGAGAGAUACAGCACAUGUAUUGUUAAAAAAAAGGCAAGGGACGUGAGGCGAAAAGAAGAAAGAGAUUAUGUGUAUAUUAAAAAGAAUACAAUAAUAAAACAGGUGUUAUCCAGUAAUACUAUGAUUGAGACUUUAAAGCAGUGGAAAUGACUGAAAAGGUGCACUGAUGAGGAAAGAAUAUGGAGAGAGAAAGAGGGAUGGUAGCCGAGCGAUUUUUUUAGUCAUCCAGUGUCUUGGACUGCUCUUACAAGUGUUUUUAUGUCUUCUGUUUAUGGGCCACAGUGUAAACGUAAUAAAACGUAUGCAAUAAUUAUAUUUUUUAUUUACGGUUUAAGAUCUUACUGGACUCGAGAUGAGAGGACAUUGGCAAAAACAUUUUGGGAGCUUUUUAUGAGCAGCAUAAAUUUAGAUUAGAAGAGGUACUUUGAGCAACAGUUUCCACUGAGCCUGUUCUGUGUUUUUGCAUCUGGCCGCACCAUUAAACAGUCAGUCUGCAUGCAGAAAGACUGAAUGCUAUAUCAUUCCUAAAUAUCAGGUACUUAUAGUCCAUGUCUUAAAUCCAAGGGAUGGGCUGUAACAGUGUUCAGAUGGGUCAGUUAAAUAUGAGAUGACACUGCUGUCAUAUCCUGUCUAGUCAUGCACUGUGUCUGGGAAAGAUGAAUAAACAUACUGGAUGCUUAAAAAAGAAUCGGGAUGAUGAACUGAGUCACUCAACAGAAAUUAAAUGUGUGUCCAAAAUUAAAUGCUGGCAAAUGAAAUAAACUGAAUAUAAACUCUC